CGUCCCUCUCUGGAGGGGGCCCACCCUUCUGUGCCGCCCCCCAGGGUCUGGGUGGUACGGCCCGGGACGCGCCGCAGACCCCUCGGAGGACCGCGCCAGCCCCAACCUGGGAAGCGCCUGUGAUUCAGCCCGCUGGCCGACUCGCCGCGACCCCCAGGAUGACAGAGACCAACAGCUCCUUCCAGGACCUCACGCGAUCUAAGAAGAAGAAGCAGCCGGUGCGCCGCACGGUCAGCCAGAUAUGCCCGCCCCCGCGGCGUCCCCUGACCGUGGCCGACAUCCGGCCGGGCAUGGAGAACGAGAGGCUGGGUGUCGUGCGAGAUUCCAUGUUUCAGAACCCGCUCAUCGUCAAGGCUGAACUCGGGAAGCCCCGGGAAAGAAGCUGCAGUCUGCCUGGAAUCAAUUUUAAUUAUGGACUCUACAUCCGGGGGCUGGAUGGAGGGGUCCCCGAAGCCAUCGGACACUGGAACGUGUUCAAGCAGCAGCCCACCUGUCCCCAUGAGCUGACCCGGAAUUACAUUGCCAUGAACCGUGGGGCAGUGAAAGCCGGCCUGGUAACUGCCCGGGAGAAUUUCCUCUACCGUCAGCUCAAUGACAUCCGCAUCAGUGACCAGGAUGACCGGCGCCUCAAGAAGGAGCCACCCUCUCUCCCUCCAAAUAUGACGUUCGGGAUCCGGGCUCGGCCUUCCACCCCCUUCUUUGAUCUGCUGCAGCACCGGUACCAGCAGCUUUGGGUGCAGGAACAAAAGGCCACCCAGAAAGCCAUUAAACUGGAGAAAAAACACAAGGUGAUCCUGGGGAAGCUGUAUGAGACCCGGAGCAGUCAGCUGAGGAAGUACAAGCCGCCGGUGAAGCUGGAUGCCCUCUGGCAUAUGCCUCACUUCCAGAAGGUGGGCGCCCAUCUGGAUACCUUCCCCACCGAGGACGAUCGCCAGAGAGCGUUCAAAGCUCGCCGGGAAGAGUGUGCUGUGCGCCAGGGGACCCUGAGGAUGGGCAACUACACCCACCCCUAGAGCCUUCUGGCCAGUAGGAUAUUCCCUGAAGGACGCAUCUUUCUUGCCCCAACUCAUAUAAGAUGCUCCCCCAUUUUUAUGGGAGUUCUGCUUCAGCAAGGCCCUCAGAUUCAGGUCUUCAGUUCAUUAUUUUUGAUAACAGUGCCCUCCCCCCCCCCACUUUUUAGUUCGCCAACACUAGCUUACCUUAGCCCCAGCCACCAGUGACUAAGGGACUCCCUCUCCUCUGGCCUGCCACUUGUCUCUGUUCUUAAGCCCUCACCUGAUGAGAUAAACCCAAGGUACAAGGCAGAUUGUGGACUCCAGACUAAGGGUCGAAUCUGCGACUCUGCCCACUGUGUUCAGAACAACCUGUGUAUUUUGCAGAAAGCGUGACAGUAACAUGCUUUGAAAGCCUCAUUUUCUAUUCCUAACAUGAGUUUUAAUGGCUCUUUUUGGGAAGUCUGAUGUCUCCCCAUGGCAGUUUUAUCACCUUGGGAUCCCUGAGGGCAGGCAGAGCCAACACUGGCCGUUACUUGGGGCCUGCCUCCUCUCCUCCGUGCUGGGGCCUGUCAAUCAGGCAGGCCGAGAUGGGCUUCUCCACCAAGAGUGACCUCGGAAGGCCACCCCCUAGGAAGGAGAGAGCCUUCUGGAUGAGCAGGUGGGCUGAAAGCGCCCAGGCUGAGGGACUUCUCAGCCAAACUCCCCGGCUCUUCUUACCUCCAUCUUUCUGCCUGUUCUUUGGCUUCUCCCCACAAAUUAUAUACUGAUCUAUUUUAAAUUAAAAAUGCAUGUGUCACCCUC